AUGUUUCAUUCUACAUCGACAUUAGUUCUGCACGACACAGUGGACAUACAAACAGAAGAUGAGACAAGUUUACCUCAUGUUUAUGACGUGGCAGUGUUCAAUGAAGGUGGUACAGACACCAUAGCUGUAACUGAUAAUAACAACAAGUGCGUCAAAUCCUUCUACACACGCAAUACUCAACCAUUUCAGAGUAAGCUCUCUGUUCAGAGCCCCCCUCGGCGGAUUGCAAAACUUAGUGCCCAUCACAUUGCCGUGACCCUUCCCGAGACAAGGGAGAUAAUAGUGAUUGAAGUGAACCCUGACCUUGUUCUUCAAUCAUACAUUUCAACGAGGAAGAAGUACUUUGGUCUGACAGCCCUGACUCCGACUACCCUGGCAGCAGGAUCCGGGUCGCCUCCCUGUGUGGACAUCCUGGACAUAGCGGGGAAUGUAUUGAGGACGCUGAAUCGUGUCACAGAUGGGGGAAUCCUUGUAUCAGAUCCUUUAUUCCUAUCUACCACCAGUCAAGGUUACAUCCUGGUGUCUUGCAGUCAUGCCCCAAGAAGUCAUUUGCUAUGUAUGACACCAAACGGAGAUGUUGUGUUUAAUUAUGUACCCACAGGACAACACCGAGCAAUGAAUCCAUGCGGCAUCACUGGAACAAACACAGGCGACAUGCUUGUUGUUGACGACAUGUCAAACAAAGUGGUUCAUUUGAGUAGUUCAGGCACAUGGUUGAGAGACGUACUGACGUCAAGGGAUGGCAUCACUUUCCCUUAUGGCCUGUACUUUGAUAAGCUGAGGCAUCUGUACGUCACCAACCGCCACUGUGUGAUGGUCUACAGGUUCUACGCACCAAACCAAGAGGACAUGAAGAGUGAUCUCGGUCAUUUUGAAUAG